ACUCUUACGUUAAAAACAAGAAGUAACUUUGAUGAUGAGACAAAAUAUGACCUUAACUUUAAGAGGAAAUUUACCAGUGCACCAAUAUAACGAAUUUUUUAUGUGGUUUGAAAUUGAACUAAAGAAGCUAUGUUUCUCUCUAAUAUGUGCACUAAAGGAUUCAGGGCUCCUUUUCUACUAGGCCGAAUGGUUCAAUGUUCAAAGUACAUAUUGUCGUCAACACAUUCUCGGUCUGAUAGUAGCAGUAGAGUCAGUAGAUUGACACUGACAGUGAGUGGUAGUUAAACUUAAAAUAACAGAAUAUACACACUAUCACAGCAGACUCAAAAUUGCUAAGCUAAAAUUACUAUUAGUAGUAGCAGGCUGAAAAUUAAGUCAAGUUUAUAAAUUUACCACUGCUCAGCGAUUUAUCAGUCAUGCUGCAUUAUUCAUUACUGAAUGAAUACUGGGAUUACUAAUAAUUAAUAAUUACUAGUAGUAGUAGUGUAGUCAUCAAGUUACAUGACAUCUUCUCUACAGUCUGUGUAUAAACCAUUUAAUAUUUACAUAUUUUUUUUAAAAUAACAGAUGUAGCCCUAGGCUAGGUAGUAAAAAAAAAAUCAAAACUUCAAAAAAUUAUCAAAGAAGUAAGUAGUACAAUACAGUAUAAUACAGAUAACUUUAAAUUUAAAAAAAAUAAAAUCAACUUUCUUAGUAAUCUUAGUCUUCUUAGAUUUCCAAUCUUUAGUAGUUUUUUAGCUAUGAGUUUUUGAUAAAACUACAAGUUUGUCCUUUUUUAACCAUAGACUGCACCUACUCAUUCUGUGACGUGACCCAAUUCCGCUGUUACGUCAUGUGCUAUAACUCUGGUUAAUGAUAAUUUUAUGGGCCCUAUAUUUCCAGGAUUAAGGCUAUAUUAAAAGUAGUAAUAUAAAAAAGUUUUUAAAGAAAUAAUAUUAUGCAACAAUUAUAAAUAAAUUUUAAACUAUCUUGCUAGUUACUAUUUUUACCAUUAAAUUUUAUAUAUACGAUAUGACUUCUGUUUACCAAGUCAAAGGCGCCCAUUAUACUGGUAUAUUGGCUAUAUAAGGCAAUGCAUUCCCCUUAAUUAAAAUCUGGUUAGAGACUAUUUAUUUUAAACUUUCAACUUUUGCACAUGACUAAUUAACGAAAGCUUUCCCUUUAAUAUUGUUUGCACACAGCGAACUCUUAUGCAUGAAACUCUGAGAGUAGUAAUAUUGUAAAGCCAUAUGCAAGAUGUUGUAAAUGUUUGAACAUGGCAAAUUAUGAUAAAUUAUAAAAUGGCCUCUCCUGGGUUUUUAACCUCAAAUUAAAAUAUUCUUGUUUAUAAAAUAUUUUGAUAUAAAUAGUGGCAAUAAUUGAAUGGUUCCUAAGUAUCAGUGUCUUCCACAAUUAAAAGGGGCGUGGUUACAUCUUAUAAAAAAUUGUCUAUGUGACCUUUGCAUAAUGCAGUCUACUCUGAGGAGCAUGGCGAAAAAGUUUCAUGACCUAGCCCAAGUGCAAUAAGAUUUUGCACAUUAAAAAAAUAAAUGUUGCUUACAUAGAAGUAGUAUAAAAAACAUAGAUUUAAUAUUUUUACUGAAUCUUUGUAUAGACCGAUACCUUUCAUUGACCUAGGAUUUUCCAAAAUUAAAUUCUAUCGAAAGAACAAAACUCAAUGGGAAUGUAGGCCAAGAUGUUUUCCAAUGUUAAAGGGCGGAGUCAUAACUUAAUUAUGGGUCUAAAGGACUCCUUUAUUAAUGAAAUUACACUUACAUGAACAAAUUAAAAACUCAGAUUUGAUUGCGCAGUUGCCCAUUUCCAUACAAAUUUUAAAGUAGUCUCCCUUGCUUUACCGAAGUCCUGAACUAGGCUUUAUUUUUUAAAGAUAUUUUUUCCAGCAGCUCUUCAGUUAUACAAUGUCUUUGAAUCUUACCUGUUACUGCCUACUGGUUAAACUAGAGAAUUUUUUGUGUGCAGCUUAGUCUAUGCUGGGGGUCCUCAAAAUAUAGCCAACGCCUCUCAAGCCAGACCCGGGCCGCCAAGGUCCUUAACUAAGCCCGCCUGGCUGUCAUUCAGUUACCUGGGUAGCAGUGACACAUAUAGAACUAGACAUUGAAGAUCUAUUAAGCCAAAAGCAGGCCCAUACUUCACAAUUAUUUUUGCAAAUAAGAUAAGUGUGGUUUGCACAGGAAUUUGUUAAUAUUUUUUUCAAACUAUAGUCCAGCUCCAAAUAUUGUCUGUGGCACAGUGAACACUCCCUCAAGUGUCUUAGGGUCAGUCAACUGGCCCUUGAUUAAAAAAUGCCUGGCCCAUAGAUAAAUAGUUCCCUCUACCUUUUUGACUUGUGGAGCCCUCUUUUAGAAACAGUUAACAUAAAUAAGGCCUACCCUAAAGUUUUAAGAAAUAUAGCACACAGCUUAGGGGAAAAAUUAAUAAUAUUAAGGAGUUUCCUGGAGUGGCCGGGAAGACCAGGAGAAGUGCUUUAAUCAUUGAUAACAACAUAAUUCAUAAGGCCUCUUGCUUUUGUUCUUAUCUAUGAUGUAUGUCUGCAUAAUGGUUAAUGGUAAAAAUUUGUGAUAGUGAUAGCUAUGAUUAGUUGUGAAAAAUAAUUUUCCAGUUGUUUAUUCAUUAAUUAUUGUGAGAUAGUUAACAUAAGUUAUUAAUACCGGGUAUAUACUAAUUAAUCUCUGUCAUUGCUUUUCAUAUUAAUAGCUGUGCAUUUAUAUAUUUUUUAAUAUAAUGAAUUAUUUUUGAAAAUUCUUGAUACAUGCAUUAAUUAAAAUUAUAACUAUGACUUUCAUUUAGUCAUAGUAAUAUCACACCAAAACAAAGCAAAUAUUUGAGUUUUUCCUGUUAAUCUUCCAGUUGCUUAAGUUACAUUACAGUAGCUUUAAUACGGAGAUGAGGCUUAAAUAGCAACAGUUUUAUUUUCACUUGCAUGGCUUUCAUUAAAAACUUAUUAGUAACCUUUAUUUUCUACAAGAUUGAGUUUAUCCACUUUUAAUUAUUCUUUACCUGGUUUAAGCAUACCUUAAGUGUAAUUUUUAAAAUAUUGCUUGUUAUUGUUAAUUUUCAGGUCAAAAACAGAGUUGGUGGUAAUUUCCACUUAUUUAUCAAGCGAACUUUCAAAAUUGGUCCUGACGAAAAGAGACAGAAGUUCAAACCUAAACAUUACUGGGACAAAGUGCCUCCCGAGUUUACCCUGAUUUAUGAAAGCGAACUGAAGUACUGGAUACUUUGUUUAAAAGCAACAACAUUAUUAUCAGCUGUCUUAGUUGGCGCCAUUGGAUUGUACUAUCCAGAUAUCAAUAGAGCUGUAUCACAAGAAGAUCAGUUACUGGCGGCUACCGUGUUAGGAGCAUGGAUGGCCUGUAUUUUAGUAUUUAAUAUGAUUAGCAGGCAGUUUGUGCUCAGGAUUUAUCACAAUAAUGGACACUUUAUUGCUGUACGUAGAACAUACCUUGGAAGAUUAAAGCAAUGGAGAUACACCAUAGACGAUGUUUCCUGCACACAUAAGCCCGGCACAGAAAUUCAUGAGUCUGCUGUAGUGAAAAUAAAAAAUUCAAAGUGUCAUUUGACAGCUAGAAACUUCGUGUCUCCAGUUUUUUACAACCUUCAUGUUGGUGAUAAAUUUGCAGGCAAUACUACCUAUGAUAUGCCCAAGUUUUAGAACAAAUGACAUAGUGUUGGAUGGCUUCAAACACACAGAGAGAAAACCGUUGCUUAAUGCAUCACUAAUCCCAUUACAUUCAAUGUUUGAUAUUAUCUCUUUAUGAGAUCUUUUUCAUAACUAGAAGUUGUGUGAAGGAUACUACCUGUACCAGCCAAUUCUGAGCCAUGUGAAACGUUCAACCAGAUGUACCCGGUAGCAGAAAUUAGUAAAGUAAAAGGAUGAUUGUGCCGUAUUUGGUUGUGUUAUUGAGAAACUGAGACAUUUUUCAAAGUGUCUUCCAUAGGUGAGAAAACUAGCGCUGAAAAUAAUGUAAUUACUUUGUCUUUUUUGCUGUUUCAAAAUUGCAGAGCAGCUGCAUAAGCAAUGAGAGUCAAGUGGUCAACUUACUGCUGAAGCAGUUCAUUGGGGCCACUAGUGAGAUACUACAUGACUCAGAUGUUGAAACUGUUGAGAACUCUGCUCACCUGAAUGAUUGUGUCUUGGUUUAUUUGUUUGAAUUAUAAUAAAAAUAUAAACCCAUGUU